AUGUUCAAAGCAUCUUGCGUUCUAGCUCUUUUCGCUGUCCUCGCCAGUAUCUCUCAGGUCGAAGCGGGAAAAGGAUACUACUUUGUCACCGGCCACAUGCAAUACAGCCUGGAUCCCACCGAGACCGAACACGAAGGACAACGGCAAUCGCUUUGUUGCUCUAGAUCCAAGUCGAUCAGUACCCAGUUAAGUGCUUUCCAUAUAACACAUAACUUUAAGCAUAUGGAGAAUGGUCAAGAUUGUACCUAUUAUGGAACGACGGUCAAAAACCCAGCCUGUAAUGGAGGCUUUCAACGUUUUGGAGACUUUUACGAAUGCUACUUGAAGCUCGGGAACAAAGAUUAUUACAAAUGUAACAGCGUGGAAGCAAUGACCGGUACGGGAGAUGAAUGUGCCAAGGUGUAA